GGCCGCGCAGCACUAAAGCCGUCGUACGCGCGCCUUUCUCGCAUCAGAGCGACGUGUUACUUCCUCCAAGAAGCCGUCGCAGCGAGCCGCCUUGGAAAUCGACCGCGUUCGGGACACGCUCCUGCAGAGCCGUGCUCUCACAGCCGAAUUCAUGGACCGCCCCCUCGCCACAGCGCGCGGCCGCAAGCCCCAGCACCAGAAGAAGCAACGCCAAAAGCUCAAGAGCGCCGCCUCCGCCGCCAACCGCCUCGUCACGAAGCCGCAAUCCAGGAAAGACCGUAAGACGGCGCUCGCGGCCGCCGCGCGAUUAUUCGAGCUCGCGGAACGCAACGGCACGAAGAUCGAGUUCGUCGGCGCCGAGGAAUCUGAUGGAGAAGACAUUGGAAUGGAGGAGGCCAUGGCCGAAAGCGGGUAUCGCGCGCGGGACGCGUCUCCGGACGCGUGGGCGGCGCUCUGGCGGUCCAAGCCGGCGGUCGUCGCCAUUGAUGCGGAGGGCACGCAUUUGGAACCGCCGCUCCUCGUGCAGGUCGCCUCCGACGCGUCGAAGGACGUGCUCAUCGUCCAACCCUCGGAUAGUGUGGGCCCCGACUUGGCACGCUUACUAGGAGACGACGCGAUCAAGAAGUGCUUCUUCGGCGCGCCGAAGAACGAGAGGUUGGGGUGUACGCUGCGGAAUGUGGUAGACGUGCAGCGCGCGGCCGGCCCGGGCGAGGGCGGGCGAAGUAGAGGUCUAGCCGAGGUCUGCGGCGAGCUAGUACGAGGCGCGCCCUACGCCAAAGAUAAAAAGCUGCAGAGGUCCUUCGGCUUCGUGCGGGACCGCAACUGGCGGCCCUCGCCGGAGCAGCGGUCUUAUGCUGCCGCGGACGCGUGGGCGACGUUAGAGGUGUGGCGGCGGCUGCCGCGCAAGCGAAGUCGGGGCGGUUCUGGCGGCGGCGGCGCGCGGAAGCGGCGCAAGAGCGGUGACGGCGGCGCGGCGCUCGACAUCGAGAUCCGGUUCGAGUGAGUAAGCUCCC